AUGUUACAACACGAUUGUUUGCGUGUUGCUGCUUCUAUUGACGAAGCAAAUGUCAAUCACGAAAUAAUAUCUUAUUGUAUGAAUGAUGAAUGGUCAUUGGAAUUUCAUAUUGAGAACAAUGAUAUCUUUCCAAAGUUUACUUUUGCUGAACUGUCGAAACAGAAUAUUACUAGUCAACAAUUAUACUUUUGGUCAGCACCGAUAGAUGUUGUUGAACGUUAUCAAUUCUAUUUAAACCAAUUAUCAACAUCAAAUGAUAUAUUUCUGGAAACUCAAGAAUUUUAUAAUUGUACACUGCCAAGAUUUGGUUCUAUGUGUCAAUUUGAAAUUACUUAUUAUCAUCAAAAUCAUUCAUCUUUAGAUGAAAUUAUUCAUGAUUAUUAUCGUACAUUUGAAUAUAAUCUAACUAAUUUCACCUGUUAUACUCAUUUACAAUGUAAUCGUGGUCCUUUUCCAGCAUGUUUAGAUUGGAGUGAAAUUUGUGAUGGAAAAGUUGAUUGUCUUGAUGGUGAAUUUGAUGAAGAACAUUGUUGGCAACUUGAAAUAAAUGAAUGUAAUGAUAAUGAAUAUCGAUGUAUUAAUGGACAAUGUAUACCGCAGUCGUUUUUUCGAGAUGACAUUAACAUUCCUGAUUGUCUUGAUGGUUCUGACGAAAAUCAAAGGAUCAUUGAACAAAGUUACAAAUGUAAGACAGAUAUACCAUCAUUUGCAUGUGAAGAAAAGACAUGUUUCCAUACAUUCAUGACAAGUUCUUGUGUGGAACAACGCCAAACGUUACUUUUGAAAGCGAUCUAUUCUGCUAAAGAUAAUUCAACAUCUGAACAAUGUUGGUCAGUUGUCAAAUGCCUUUUAGAAGUACCAGAUUUAGAAGAGCCAUUGUCUAAGACGUACAUACAUCAAUCACUUUUUAAGAAUGAAGAGUGCAAUUGUAAAUUGGAAGGUGAAAAUUGGUGUGAAGAUGAAGAUUUUCAUAUACAAUAUGCCAGAAAGAAUAUUUCAUUUCAAACCAUUUGUGAUGGAUUUACUGAAUUGAUUCCGAUAAUUAUCGAAGGACAAAAUGAAACAGAUGAAACAGAAUGUGAACAAUGGUCAUGUAAUAACAUUUAUACUCGUUGUGAUGGUUUAUGGAAUUGUCCACAUGGUGAAGAUGAAGUUGGUUGUGAUUUAUCUUCAACAUUAAAUUGUUCUUUAGAUCAUCACAAAUGUGUUUCACCUUAUACGAAUGAACUUAUUUGUCUUCCUAUUAAGCAGGCAAAUGAUGGCAAGAUCGAUUGUCUUGGUGCUACUGAUGAACCAACAUUAUGUCAAAAAAAGUAUCAAGAACAAUUUUCGAAUAAUUUUUACUGCAUAAAUUCAUACCAUGAAUCAUGUAUUAGUGUCGCAGAUCUAUGUAAUAAUUAUACAAUUUGUGAUCAUGAAGAUGAUGAAAAAUUUUGUGUAAAAAAUCGAACAGAUAUUUUCACAUAUGAUAGUAUUUGUUUUUCACCUGAUUCAUCUAUUCGUUCUGAUGUGGAACAGUUUUUAUGUCAAGAAACAAAAUUCAAGACAAAAGAACAAAUUAAAUAUUUUUCAUUGAAUGGAAUGAACAAACCUGUCGAAGAUCAAGCUAAGGACAUAAUAAAACGCAGAUUUUCAAGUUCAUCUCGCAUUGAAAUGUCUGAUCAACAUGAACUUCGAUGUCAUCGUGGUUUUGAUUUACUUAUCUGGUCAAACAAUGAAAAGAACUUAACAACAAAUACAUGUCUUUGUCCACCUAGUUUUUAUGGCAAUAUGUGUCAAUAUCAAAAUCAACGAGUGAGUUUGACGAUUACAUUUCGAGUACUAUCAGAUUCUUGGUCAACAUUAUUUGCAAUAAUUAUUUCACUUAUCGAUGAUAGUGAAGAAAGAAUUAUUCAUUCANAUUUGAAGUUUCUGAUGUGA